GUGGGCAGUGAGCUACUUUUCCCACCCGCCAACCUACUCGACCGCCCAUCGCCAUCAUACCACCAGCACCACCAGAAUCGUCAGAGGUCGUCGAUCCCAUCUACCCGCCCAAUUAUUCCAUUAUAUCCUCUGUCUUCGCAACCGAUCCGCAUUCCGUCACGAUGGCUCGCAAAUUCUUUGUUGGCGGCAACUUCAAGAUGAACGGCUCCUUGUCGUCCAUCAAGGAGAUUGUCAACAACCUCAACAACGCCACGCUGGACGCCACCGUCGAGGUCGUUGUGGCCCCUCCCGCCCUGUACCUGCUCCAGGUGCGUGAGGCGCUCCGAUCCGGCAUCGAGGUCGCCGCCCAGAACGUCUUCGACAAGCCCAACGGCGCUUACACGGGCGAGAUCUCGGUCGAGCAGCUCAAGGACAGCAAGAUCCACUGGACCAUCCUCGGCCACUCGGAGCGCCGCACCAUCCUCCGCGAGUCGGACGAAAUCGUCGCCUCCAAGACAAAGUACGCCACCGAGAACGGCGUAAGCGUCAUUUGGUGCUGCGGCGAGAGCCUCGAGGAGCGCGAGGCCGGCCGCACCGUCGAGGUCGUCACCAGGCAGCUCGAGGCCCUCAAGGCCAAGAUCUCGGACUGGUCCCGCAUCGUCAUCGCCUACGAGCCCAUCUGGGCCAUCGGCACCGGCAAGGUUGCCACCACGGAGCAGGCUCAGGAGGUCCACAAGGCCAUCCGCGGCUGGCUGACCGGUGUGAGCGCCAAGGUCGCCGACGAGACCCGCAUCCUGUACGGCGGCAGCGUCAACGAGAAGAACUGCGGCGAGCUCAGCAAGCAGCCCGACAUUGACGGCUUCCUCGUCGGCGGUGCUUCCCUCAAGCCCGCUUGUGAGUUUCCUCCCCCGUCUUGCUACCACUGUCCGUGGCGACCCGCUCUGACCCCUUCUCUAGUCAUCGACAUCGUCAACUGCCUGCAAAAGUAAAUUUCCAAGUUAGAUUGUCGCAAACAGGAUAGAACCUGAUAUAUCCGAGGUUGGACACACCGUAAUGAAAUGAUGGAAAACUGCUUUGACUCGUCUUGUGACUUGUUUGUGCUAUAAAAGUGGCUUUGAUAUCUGUAAACGACUUGCUUCCGUUGUUGGACCCAAAACCAAGGUCCUC